UUGUCUUUUGAAAGUGUUGUCCAGUUGGAGAUGUUUUUGUGAAGCGAGUGUAAUUUUUAUUCUCAUUGACCCAAGUAAAAAGUAAUUAUUUUGAUUUCGAUCUGCUCGCGGAAUUGCACUCUUCCCCACAUGUCACUGUGUUGAAAGCAAUUGCUCUAGCCAACCGUUUCCGUAAGCAAUGCAAUGAACCUUCAGGAGGGACUUAUAGCUGCAUUUUCUGUACUUACUUCGGUAUUCAUCGUGAUUGUCGUAGUUUGUUUUGGUUGGUACUUGGUGUGGAAGUUAUUCCUAUCGCGCUUCAAGCUAGUUCGCGAGUUGCUUGGAUUGGCCCAGUCUUCUGAUUCGCCAGCUCACUCAUUAGAUAGCUCAUCUGUCGACGGAAGCAGACUUCGCAAUACUCGAAAGCCACGAAAAGAUUGA